CACGCUUCUGCGCGUGCGCGAGCGGACGGCCUUGUCUUCUUGCAUCUCUGUCUAAAUCUGAUGCAAAUUUUCGCCCGAGUUCUGCCCAGCCGGCCCCAAGUCUGGUGCUCGGGAGGUGGAGAACUCGCCCUUGGGAUCAGUGGUCAAAAGACUGCCGAUUGGGCUUCCCGCCGGGAGCUGCUCCCUGCCGCUCCCGGGGUCUCUAGCAGCCGCGGCUGGUCCCAAACUCACUGAAUCAGUAACUCUGUGCGGGUUCAGCAGUCGGGGUGAAUCGGCUGCAGGCAAGAGUUGAAGAGCCAUUCUCGUACUUAAUCGGCCUCCAAAAGCAUCCUCUGCUCUUUCCGGAAAGGAAAAGCAUCCCUGCCAUUCGGUCACGGGGACGUGAGCCUAAGCCUCGUCUCUGAUCGGGUUUGUGGAUUUCGGUUUGUUUGGGAACAUGGAGGAAGAGAAAACAGCUGCCGAGUUACGGAAAAAUGUGAUACAAGACACAGUGGUCUUUGAAGAUGUGGCUGUGGAUUUUACCCAAGAGGAGUGGGCUCUGCUGGAUCUCGCUCAGAGAAACCUCUACAGAGAUGUGAUGCUGGAAAACUUCCGGAACCUGGCCUCAUUAGGUUUCAAGAUUCAACUUAAAGGUAAUGAAUCAGUCGUUCCACAAGAUACUUGUGGAGAAAAAAUAUCCAAUGAACAGGAUAUAGUAGGAUUCAAAAGGAGUGAUUCCUCAUUGUCCAUUUUACAUAAAAUCUGGGAAUACCAUGAUAUUGAUUACCAGAACAAAAACCACGAGAGACAUUUGAGAAGUCAUGGGGUUGAGAACAUCUACAAACAUAAUGAAGAAAAUCAGUGUGGACAAACCUUCAGCCAAAUUUCACACCUUAAUGUACUCAAGAGAACUACUGAAGUAAGAGCCUAUGAGUGCCAUGCGUGUAAAAAGGCCUUCAUAGAUCAUUUAUCCCUGAAGAAUCACAUUAGGUCUCACACUGGUAGCAAACCCUAUCAGUGUAAGGAAUGUGGAAAAGCUUUCCAUUUUUUUGCUUGUUUUAAGAAGCAUAUGAAAACUCCCACUGAAGAGAAACCCUACGAAUGUAAGGAAUGUACCAAAGCCUUCAGUUGUUCUUCCUUCUUUCGGGCACAUAUGAAGAUUCAUACAGGAAAGACAAGUUGCGAAUGCAGGGAAUGUGGGAAAACCUUUAGCUGUUCUUCAUCCCUCACAGAACACAAAAGAAUUCACAGUGGAGAUAAGCCUUAUGAAUGUAAGGAGUGUGGGAAAGCCUUUAGCUGUUCCUCCUCACUCUCCAAACACAAAAGAAUUCACAGUGGAGAUAAGCCAUAUGAGUGUAAGGAGUGUGGGAAGGCCUUCAGUUCCUCCUCUCACCUUAUCAUACAUAUAAGAAUCCAUACUGGAGAAAAGCCUUAUGAAUGUAAAGAGUGUGGGAAAGCCUUCAGUGAGUCCUCAAAGCUCACUGUACACGUUAGAACACAUACAGGUGAGAAACCCUAUAAAUGUAAGGAAUGUGGGAAAGCCUACAACUGUCCAUCCUCCUUGAGCAUCCAUAUGAGAAAACAUACAGGGGAAAAACCCUAUGAAUGCCUUGAAUGUGGGAAAGCCUUCUAUCUUCCCACUUCCCUGAAUACACAUGUGAAAAAUCAGAGUAGAGAGAAACCCUAUGAAUGUAAAGAAUGUGGAAAAGCCUUCAGUUGCCCCUCGUCCUUUCGAGCACAUGUGAGAGAUCACACUGGAAAGGUGCAGUAUGAAUGUAAGGAAUGUGGGAAAGCCUUCAGUCGUUCCUCAUCCCUCACUGAACACUUAAGAACUCACAGCGGAGAAAAGCCUUAUGAAUGUAAGGAAUGUGGGAAAGCCUUCAUCAGUUCAUCCCACCUGACGGUACAUAUAAGAACUCACACUGGAGAGAAACCUUAUGAAUGUAAGAAAUGUGGAAAAGCCUUCAUUUACCCCUCAGCCCUUAGGAUCCACAUGAGAACACACACUGGGGAGAAACCCUAUGAAUGUAAGGAAUGUGGGAAAGCCUUUCGCCAUUCUUCAUACCUGACUGUCCAUACAAGGAUGCACACUGGAGAGAAACCCUUUGAAUGUCUGGAAUGUGGGAAAGCUUUCAGUUGUCCUUCAUCCUUUCGAAGACAUGUAAGAAGCCACACUGGUGAGAAGCCCUAUGAAUGUAAGGAAUGUGGGAAAGCCUUUGUUUGUCCUGCUUACUUUCGAAGGCAUGUGAAAACUCACACUAGAGAAAAUGUAUAAAGUAAGGAAUGAGGGAAUGUCUUUAAUGCUUUUUCAAAGCUUAGGCAGCACAUGAGAUCUUACACUGUGGAGACACACUAUGAAUGUAAGAAAUUGUCACUCAUCUUUUGGAAAAACCCAUAACUGAGAGAAACUCUGUGUUUGUAAAUCAUGUGGUAAUAUCUCCAUGACCAUCACUUAUUACAUUACUUAUUAUACACAUGACUUAUUGUAUUCUAAGAAAAUUCAUACUCGAAGCAACGAUCAAUGCCUCAUCCUUAAAGUGGGCUACUGCUGGCUUAUUGAUUUCCAGUUUUAAUUUUCUGAUAUGAAUGUUUAAGGUGGUAAAUUUCCUCUAAUACCUUUCAGCUCUAGCCACAUAUGUUUUAUUAUGAGGUACUUUUAUUUUGGUUCAGAUGUAAAUGUUAUUUCUGUUACAGAGUUUUCUGGACCCAUCGGGCAUUUAAAGUAUAUUUUUUUAUAUGUAGGCAUGAGUGAUCUUUUAUUACUAUUAUUAGUUACUGAUUAAUCCUCAUUGUUCUCUAAGUGUGCAGUCAUUGUGGUAUCAACAUUCCAGUAUGUGUAGUUUCUUUUGUAAAUGGUAAUUUCAUUUUGAUCUAGUAUGGCAGAAACCGGAAAUUUUCUACCCACUAUUCCUCCCCGCCUCUUUUUUUUUUUUUUUUUUUACAAAAACAUUAUUAGUUUUUACCAUUAAAAGCUUUCCCUGUCUAAUAAGUAAUCCAGUGGAAAUCAAUAAGUACAAAAGCCUUGAUAGAAGAGUCUCAUCUGUUAUGGUAUUUUUGUAUUUUUUUUUUAUCCUUGCUUAUGACUGGGAAUUGGACCCAAUGUUUUGAACUUUUAUAAAAGAGACCUUGCAACAGGAAAGCUACAAGUAAAGUUGGUUGGGCUGGUUUAUGUUGUGGUACUUUGGACGUGGCUGGGACUGCAUUUCCCAGAGUCAGUUCUUUAUCUAGUUCUAGGUUUGAGUUGUCUAAAAUAAGAGUUUGUGUGAGAAUUGGAAGGCAGAGGGAAGAAACCAUUAUUCUGAGUUUGUGGGGCCAACAAGACAGGGAGACCGAUGCAUGGGGGCCUGGCAAGCUUCAGUUUCCAGCUUUCCCCCUAAUUAUUGACUCACUGAUCUAUACUGGCUCAAAGCAGAACACAAAAUGCUUGACUUUCAUUAUCUCAGAGGCAGCCACUCCAUAGACACCUCCAUAAAUUUCUCCAUCAUGGCCAUACAUAGCUUCUUGGAUUUUUCUGGUAAGUUCUUGCAUUGUAAUUUUGCUGAUAUUACAGCCCCUCUGGCACAUCUGUUGACUGCAUAGAGUUGGCUCCAGUUUGGAUCAGGGUUGUUGUCAUCUACAUGGUCCAAAGUGUGCUAAUCUUGUGUACAGCUUGAUGAAGUUUUACACUGAAAACUGUGACAAACAGAACUUUUCCAGGAUUUCAGAAAGUUCAUUCAUCUGCUUUCUCAAUAAUUGCUCUGGGGACUUUACUGGUGGUCCAGUGGCUAAGAAUCUGCCUGCCAGUGCAGGGGGCUGGGGUUUGAUCCCUGAUCAGGGAACUAGAUCUCACAUGCCACAACUAAAGAUCCUCCAUACUGCAACUAAGACUUAGUGCAGCCAAAUAAAUAAAUAAAAAUAAAUAAAUAUUAAAAAAUGUUGCUCCACAAUUUUGGCUUUGAUUAUAAUUUAUUAAGUUUGCUUGUUCUUGAUCUUCAUGUAAAUGUUAAGAUACAAUAUGUACAGUUACAUGUUUGGCUUCUUUUUUCAAAUUAUAAUGUCUAAUUUGCCUCUUAAUUUCUAUUUUGGCAGACUAUGAAUUUAUAUCUCUUGUUACAUGCUUUGAAUAUAAGAAUGAAAUUACUGAAUCAUAGGAUAGACUUUAUGUUUAGGUGAAUUCUUUGCUGUCUGAGCUACCAGGGAAGUCAGGUAAGCCCUGACUAUAGUGAGAAUUUAUUCAUCUUCUAUCUGACAGUUUGUAUCCUUUGAUCAGUAUCUCCCCAUUUUCCCUACCCCUAGUCCCUGGAGAAACUGGUUGCAUGAAAUCAGGAUUCAAUUGUGUAGAGUCCACAGAGAUAAGAAAAGAUAUCUAUACCUGUGCCACUGAAUGUAGAAGCAUGUGAGAAUACAUAGCUGAGAUCUAAAAAUAUAGAAAAUUGUAAUUUUUAUUGGCCCCAUUUUAAAACUAAGAAACUGACAUUUCAAUAGGCUGGGUAACAAAGUUUUUAGAAACAGUAGGUAUUAAUAGUUUCAGCUACAAUUCAUACUUAGGAUUACAAGUUGAUUCAAAAGAAGAAAUAUGGGCUUCACUUUCAGAGAGGACUAUAAAAGAAUUUGGUAGCCAUGUCUUAAAACUGUCACUUUUGUGCAUGAUCAGUCACUCAGUCAUGUCCAACUCUUUGUGACCCCAUGGACUGUAGCCCACCAGGCUCCUCUGUCCAUGGGAUUUCCCAGGCAAGAAUACUGAAGCGGGUUGCCAUUUCCUUCUCCAGGGGAUCUUCUGGCCCAGGGAUUGAACCCACAUCUCCUGUGUCUCCUGCAUUGGCAGGAGGAGUCUUUUGCACUACACCACCUGGGAAGCCCUUCCUCUGGUUACUUAUCCUUUUAAAAUGUAUGUAUAUGUCUCUAUCUAGUUACAUACAUAUACAUAAAACAUCUAUUAUAUAUAUAUGUAAAUUAUGUAUACUAUAUAUACCUGUACUGCAGAUAGUUUUUCCCAGUCUCUGGCUUGUCUUCAUUCUUUUCAUUUUUGUAAACUAUAAAGAGAAUUAAAUAGUUUGAUUACAGGAAAAUCCUAGGAUAUAACUAAUUGCAGAGAUGGCUGGAUCCUGGAGCUAAAAAGAUGUUAGCUGGAUGAAUUCUCUCUCCAUUCCUUGACUGUGCAUCUUUCUGCAUUAAUUAUUCUCCCAGGUGGGCUCUUUCUCUCCACAGUGGCCCUCAGAAGAUCCAAGCUGCUUUCUUUCCAGGUUGACGUGUCAGGGAGAAGAGAGUGAUUAUCAUUGUGACCGAUUCCAAUAUGCCUGUUACAGUUCAAUCUGAUUGGCUUACUUGCCAACUUAUCAAUUCAUUGUGGCCAGAGGAAUAUGAUUCUUUGGUUGGUUUAGGACUGGCUUCUCACUGAAUCUUGUUGUUCAAUUGCUAAGUUGUCAGAAUCUUUGUGACCCAAUGGACUGAAGCACACCAGGCUUCCCUGUCCUUCACUAUCUCCCAGAGUUUGCUCAAACUCAUGUCCAUUGAGUUGGUGAUGCCAUCCAACCAUCUCAUUCUCUGUCACCCCCUUCUCCUCCUGCCUUCAAUCUUUCCCAUCAUCAGGGUGUUUUCCAAUGAAUUGGCUCUCUGCAUCAGGUGGUCAAAGUAUUGGAGCUUCAGUUUCAGUAACGGUCCUUCCAAUGAAUAUUCAGGGUUGAUUUUAUGAUGUAUAUGGUUAAGGGAGAAGGCAGCAGGGGCAGAUAGGGUAUAGUAAUAGAUGUAAUAAUAACAUUAGCCAACACAAUAUGUUUACUCUGAUCUUAGCAGUGGGAGGGAACUAUGAAGGCUGGGAACUCUCAGCCAGACAUAGUUCAAGAAAUCUUUCAGAAAGGUUUGAUUAUGUUACCAUCUCUUUUGAUUGCUGAAGAUGAUUUCUCAGUCUUUACAUAAUUUUGCAAUUAUGUACUUGCAAUCUAAUUUUGCAAUUAGAUACUUGGUAGCACGAGCCUUCCAACUUUUUUAUUCAUCAAGAUUGUCAUUCCUUCUCUAUUUCCCACUUGAUUCUAUAUUAAUUUUAGGAUCUCCUUAGCAAUUUUCACAAAUCUUUUGGGACUCUGCUUGGAAUUGCAUUGACUUUAUAGAAUAACGUGAAUAAAAUUAAUGUCUUUACAACACUAAGUCUUUUAACUGAUGAGCCUAAUAUAAUUGUUCAUUUAUCUAGGUAAUUUUUAAUUCCUCUUAACUGUUUUUUUUUUUUUUUUGUAGUUUCUAUUGUAGAGGUCUUGAAUAACUUUAUUUCUAGGCUUGUGGUAUGUUUUCCUUUGUAAAUAUUUUUAUUUAAUUUUUGAUUUUGGGGGCUAGCACAUAGAAUUGCAAUUUCCUUUUGUACAGUGAUCUUUUAUCCAUGACAUUUAUACAUUAUUUAUUCAAAUGAUUUAUGAGUUAUUUUGGAUUUUUGUUGCAUACAAUCUUGUCAACACCAAUAAAAGAAAGUCUUACUUGAUUUCUAAAUUUUACCCUUUCUUUUUCUUGCCUCAUUGCUUUAUAGUAAUAAAUAGAAAUGAUUAAAGUGAACAUCUUUGCAUUCUUCCUGAUUUUAGGGGAAAGUGUUCCAUAUUUUUCCAUUAAGUAUAAUAAUAGUUAUGUUUUUCAUAGAUAACUUUUAAAAAUGAAAGGAAUUCUGUUCUACUAUCUAUUCCUCAAUUGUGAAGAUGUUUUUGAAAAACUACCUUGUAACUUAAAAAAGAUCUUAAUUGGAGGAUAAUUGCGUUACAAUGUUGUGUUGAUUUCUGCUGUACAAUAACACAACUCAUCCAUAAUCAGCCAUAAGUAUAUAUAUAUGGGAAGAGUUUUUAAAAUCAUUAAUGGAUAAUGGAUUUUACCUAGUGCCUUUUCUGUCUAUGUCAGGGUCUUUAAAAAUAAUUCCUUGGUCUCUUAAUGUGGAGAAUUAGUACAUUCCUUGACUUUCAAGUGGUAAGACAACAUGUAUUCCUAGAAUAAACCAUACUUGGGAAUGUUAUAGAUUAGCUUAUUAACCUAUUCAUUUUGCUUGAUUCAAAAUGCUGUUUAAAAAAAUUAUUUCUGUGUCUGUGUUAAUGAGGUUUGUCUUGUAAUUUCUUUUAUGUCAGUAUGCUUUGUAUCAAGUUCAUGCUGCCUCAUAAAAGUUGGAAACUGUUCUGAAGACUUUAUAUAGAAUCUGAACUAUCUACUAUCUAUUCCUUAUAUGUUUGGAAGAAUUCAUCAGGGAAUCUAUAUUUGGGUUUUCUUGACAGGAAGCUUUUGUAAAAUCAUUUUACUGUUGAAUGUGUGUGUGUGUAUGUGUGUGUGUAAUGCUCAGUUGUGUCCAACUCUUUGCAACCUCAUGGACUGUAGCCUGCCAGGUGCCACUGUCCAUGGAAUUUUCCAGGCAAGAAUAUUGGAGUGGGUUGCCAUUUCCUACUCCAGUGGUGAUUUAUAUUGAAUGUAUAAAUAGACAAAAGAUUAUUUAAAAUUUGUAUUUGUUUUGCUAUAUUGUAUCUCUCCAUUCCAUAACUUUCCAAAUUUGUUGGCCUAAAGUUAUUAAUAAAAUCCUAUAAUUUA